AUGCUUUGUGAGCCUCAGCUGAACAAAGACAAGAUUGUGCAGAGGAUGGCACAGGUGUGUGUUUCUCUCUGGUCUGCCCUACUCUGGCUACAGCCUCACUUACACAUGUGCUGCCACUGACACACAUUCUUCAACACACACACCGCUAGAUUAUGACCUCCCUGUACUCACACAUCUUUUGUCCCAUCGUGUAUUGAGAGAAGUUCCUGAGAGGGCGUCCGGGUGAAUAGGAGCACUACGACCUCAUCGGAUCUCCUUUCUUACCAUUUCUUCUCCUUUCUCUGCUAUUUAUAGCUAAUUUCUGUGAGUCUUUGUUCAGCCCGUGCCCCUUCCUUUCUCUCUAUGCUUCUGAUUGGCCAUGUUAAGGGGCUUCCCCUUCCUACUGAAAAAGAUGAGUCCCUUUAUUGUACACUAUGUUCAAUGUGCUUUAAAACAGUCAAUUCAGAGGACAUUGUCAGGAUUAAUUCAUUGUUAAACCUCACUGUUCAGUACAGUAGGUCUUUGCCAUCAAAUGUAAAGAGUAUGUAUAUAAAUGAAUAUAAAAUAGGUUUGUCAGAAUAGACUUGGCAAUGUGUGUGAGAAUCAGAGGAUACGUGAUGUUAGACUUAUGAUAAUUGUCAUUUGCUGCACCUUAUUCUGUUUUGAAAACGUGACCCUGUGUUUCCAGAGCAAGUCUGACAGCCUCUGUAUGUUUAUUUGUGUGUCAGCAGAUCUCCAGGCUGACUCUGGUGUGUGAGGACGCAGACUGCUGGCUUAGUAGACUCCCGCUAACCUCCGAUGCCACAGCUGCCAACUGUACCAUCUACAGUCAAGGUAGUUAACCAACAGACCUGAUCCCAGAAAUGCCAAACCAUCAACACAGCCCACAUACAUAUAAUGCACCAUUUACAUUGUUACAUUCUAGUCAUUUAGCAGACACUCUUAUCCAGAGCAACUUACAAUCAGAGAUCUCUUAUCAGAGUGACCCCAUAAAGACACCAUACAGAGAUCUUUUUGACUGACUAUAGAUUACUAUGCAUUCCAUAGAUACCAUACUGUACGAUACCAUCUGUGUAGUUCUAGUACAUGCCCCAGGUGUGAUCUGUGUAGUUCUAGUACAUGCCCCAGGUGUCAUGUGUGUUGUGCGGCUCUCUCUCUCUUUUCUCCAGGUGAGGAGCUGUAUUGUAAGGUGACCCAGGACAUCUCCACAGGUGACUGUCUGUUGGCCACACUGUCUCUCUCCUCCAUGGAGCAGCUGUCCCCAUCUCAGACCCAGGAUGUAGUGGUGAAGGAGGAGCCUACAGGUGUCUACCCAGCUUCCCUCCACUCUGAGAUACAGCUCCUCCCCCAGCAGGCUGGGAUGGCAGCCAUCUUGGCCACGGCAAUUGUCAACAGUGAGUGUCAGCUUGUCAGAUUGUUUAGGAUAAUGUGUGUGUGUGUGUGUGUGUGUGUGUGUGUGUGUGCGCACUGCACGCAAAUGUGCAUGUACGUAUUUGUGUUCUUAGUGUCGUUUAGUCAUUAGAUGCAUAGACAAACCCUACACAUGUACAGUUAUAUACUUUCCAUGUAAACAACAGAUACUGAGGGACUCAAAAUGAAGAGCAACAGUUCACCAUGCCACAUUUCCUCAUUCACCCAGUACACCGCAAGGAGGCAGUGUAACUCCUCUGCACUGCCUUGUCUCAGAGGUAGACUGCAACGGAAUUGCUUUCACGGUCCUUCAUUAAGUCACCCUAUUGGCAGUGUAGUGUUGUCGGCAGCAGGAGCAGGCAUGGACAUGCUGUGAUGAGUGCAUGAUUAAUCACCAUGUCAAGCUAAAGGGUAAAACAUGAUCAUCCGUAUCCCCGGUUCCUGCUGUAGGAUCACUCUCCUGAGGACUGUUGGUAAUUAUGGAUGUUAUCAAAAAUAGCCUGUAACACCAGCCCUGACACCAGAUCAGUAUGAUUACCCCGCGCGUGCGGGCGCUCGCUCCCACAACCUCUGUGCUCUCGUUGCCUUGGAGACCCCGGAACAAUAUUGAGUGCUUGCUCGUUCCGCCACUGAAUCGAUCAUGUGACUGGUGUGAAACAGGUGUGUAUGGUGAUGUGUAAACACAUGGAUGAACAUCAUGUGUACAUGAAAGUGUCUGUGCUGUAUGUAACAUUUUAAUGUGUAAGCAGUUAAACUUUAAACAUGUAUUUUUUAAAAGAAUGAACAUACACUGCUCUCUUUCUUGCAUUGUUUAUAAUUAUGUAUGACAAAUUUGAUAAGUGAUUGGUUGUUGUAGGGAUAGAGUUAACAGUUGUGUUUGUGUUUGAUUGGUCCAGAGGACAUCUUCCCGUGUAAGGACUGUGGGAUCUGGUACCGCAGUGAGAGGAACCUCCAGGCCCACCUCAUGUACUACUGUGCCAGCCGGCAGAAGCAGCAGGCCUCCUCCUCCCCCCCACAGGACAAAGCCAAGGAGUCCUACCCCAAUGAACGUGUCUGCCCCUUCCCACAAUGCAACAAGAGCUGCCCCAGUGCCAGCUCCCUGGAGAUCCACAUGCGGACACACAGUGGUGAGACCUGUCACAAUACAUUCCUUUAGAUCUUUCUCAUAGCAGACCAAGGAUCGAGUGAGAAUAUGCGUGAAUAUUCCUAUUUUAAUAGUGGCUUAUAACAUACCUCUUUCUUUGGGGGUUAUUAGGGUAAGCCAGUCAAUUUUAUUGUGUUGAAAUGUUAAAGAUAUACCUGUAUGCGUGUCCUGUGCCUAUAGGUGAGCGUCCUUUCGUGUGUCUGAUCUGCCUGUCAGCCUUCACCACUAAAGCCAACUGUGAGCGUCACCUGAAAGUGCACACGGACACGCAGAAUGGAGUCUGUCACGGCUGUGGCUUCGUCUCCACCACGAGGGACAUCCUCUACAGCCACCUGGUCACCAGUCACAUGGUGUGUCAGCCCGGCUCAUGCAGUGAAGUGUACUCCCCCGGCCCCGGCCUGCCCAAACUGCCUCUGUCCACAGGUAAACACACAGACAGACUGAAUAAUGUUGUUUACUAUCCCAGUGAGAGGAUCAUAGCCCUGCCUCUACUUCAGAACAGCAACUAUGUACAGAUACCAUGUCUUCUAGGAUUAUAUAAACUUCCCUAUGUAUUUAUUUGGACAGUGAAGUUAAAACUUUUAAUUUGGCUCUAUACUCCCGAAUUUUGGAUUUGAGAUCAAAUGUUUUAUAUGAGGCGACAGUACAGAAUGGCACUUUAUAUUUGAGGGUAUUUUCAUACAUAUCUGUUUUACCAUUUAGAAAUGAAAGAACUUUAUGUAUCUAGUCUCCCCAUCUGAAGGUGUUAAAAGUAUUUGGACAAAUUCACUUAUAGUGUAUUACAUUUAGUCAAAAGUGUAGUAUUUGGUCCCAUAUUCCUAGCACUCAAGGACUACAUAAAGCUUGUGACUCUACAAACUUGUUGGAUGUGUUUGCAGGUUGUUUUGGUUGUGUUUUUGAUUAUUUUGUGCCCAAUAGAAAUGAAUGGUAAAUAAUGUUAUAGAAUACGUUUCUGAACGCUUUUACAUUCAUGUGGAUGCUACUAUGAUUGUGGAUAAUCAUAAAUAAAUUGUGAAUAAAGAGGAUUGAGAAAGUUACAGAUGCACAAAGCUCAUACCCCCCAAAAAAUGCUAACCUCCCCCGUUAUUGGUAACGGUGAGAGGUUAGCAUGUUUUUGGGUAAUGAUAUUUGUGCAUCUGUAACUUUGUCAUUCAUCACUCUUCAUGUUUCAUUCAUGAUUUUCUGUAAUCAUGGUAGCAUCCACAUUAAUGUAUUCUAUUCUAUAUACAGUACCAGACAAAAGUUUGGACACACCUACUCAUUCCAGGGUUUUUCUUUAUUUUUACUAUUUUCUACAUUGUAGAAUAAUAGUGAAAACAUCAAAACUAUGAAAUAACACAUGGAAUCAUGUAGUAACCAGAAAAGUGUGAAACAAAUCAAAAUAUAGUUUAUAUUUGAGAUUCUUCAAAUGGCCACCCUUUGCCUUGAUGACAGCUUUGCACACUCUUGGCAUUCUCUCAACCAGCUUGAUGAGGUAGUCACCUGGAAUGCAUUUCAAUUAACAGGUGUGCCUUCUUAAAAGUUAAUUUGUGGAAUUUAUGUCCUUCUUAAUGCGUUUGAGCCAAUCAGUUGUGUUGUGACAAGGUAGGGGGGGUAUACAGAAGAUAGCCCUAUUUGGUAAAAGACCAAAUCCAUAUUAUGGCAAGAACAGCUCAAAUAAGCAAAGAGAAACGACAGUCCAUCAUUACGUUAAGACAUGAAGGUCAGUCAAUACAGAACAUUUCAAGAACUUUGAAAGUUUCUUCAAGUGCAGUCGCAAAAACCAUCACCCGCUAUGAUGAAACUGGCUCUCAUGAGGACUGCCACAGGAAUGGAAGACCCAGAGUUACCUCUGCUGCAGAAGAUAAGUUCAUUAGAGUUACCAGCCUCAGAAAUGGCAGCCCAAUUAAAUGCUUCACAGAGUUCAAGUCACAGACACAUCUCAACAUCAACUGUUCAGAGGGGACUGUGUGAAUCAGGCCUUCAUGGUCGAAUUGCUGCAAAGAAACCACUACUAAAGGACACCAAUAAGAAGAAGAGACUUGCUUGGGCCAAGAAACACGAGCAAUGGACAUUAGACCGGUGGAAGUUUGUCCUUUGGUCUGGAGUCCAAAUGGGAGAUUUUUGGUUCCAACCGCUGUGUCUUUGUGAGACGUGGUGUGGGUGAAUGGAUGAUCUCUGCAUGUGUAUUUUCCCACCGUAAAGCAUGGAGGAGGAGGUGUUAUGGUGUGGGGGUGCAUUGCUAGUAACAUUGUCUGUGAUUUAUUUAGAAUUCAAGGCACACUUAACCAGCAUGGCUACCACAGCAUUCUUCAGUGAUACGCCAUCCCAUCUGGUUUGGGCUUAGUGGGACUAUCAUUUGUUUUUCAACAGGACAAUGACACAAAUACACAACACACCUCUAGGCUGUAUAAGGGCUAUUUUACCAAGAAGGAGAGUGAUGGAAUGCUGCAUCAGAUGACCUGGCCUCCACAAUCCCCCGACCUCAACCCAAUUGAGAUGGUUUGGGAUGAGUUUGAUGGCAGAGUGAAGGAAAAGCAGCCAACAAGUGCUUAGCAUAUGUGGGAACUCGUUCAAGACUGUUGAAAAAGCAUUCCAGGUGAAGCUGGUUGAGAGAAUGCCAAGCGUGUGCAAAGCUGUCAUUAGGCAAAGGGUGGCAAUUUGAAGAAUCUCAAAUAUAAAAUAUAUUUUGAUUUGUUUAACACUUUUUUGGUUACUACAUGAUUCCAUAUGUGUUAUUUCAUAGUUUUGAUGUCUUCACUAUUAUUCUACAAUGUAGAAAAUAGUAAAAAUAAAGAAAAACCCUUGAAUGAGUAGGUGUGUCCAAAAUGUUGACUGGUACUGUAUGUGUGUGUAUAUAUAUAUAUAUAUAUAUAUAUAUAUAUAUAUAUAUAUACACACACACACACAGCUGUAUUCUUAUUCUUGUGGUCCUGUAUGGCUCAUUUGGUAGAGCGUGGCGAUUGCAUCACCAGGGUUGUGGGUUCGAUUCCCAGGGCCACCCAUAUGUAAAAUGUACAGUUGAAGUCGGAAGUUUACAUACACUUAGGUUGGAGUCAUUAAAACUUGUUUUUCAACCACUCCACAAAUUUCUUGUUAACAAACUAUAGCUUUGGCAAGUUGGUUAGGACAUAUACUUUGUGCAUGACACAAGUCAUUUUUCCAACAAUUGUUUACAGACAGAUUAUUUCACUUAUAAUUCACUGUAUCACAAUUCCAGUGAGUCAGAAGUUUACAUACACUAACUUGACGGUGCCUUUAAACGGCUUGGAAAAUUCCAGAAAAUGAUGUCAUGGCUUUAGAAGCUUCUGAUAGGCUAAUUGACAUCAUUUGAGUCAAUUGGAGGUGUACUUGUGGAUGUAUUUCAAGGCCUACCUUCAAACUCAGUGCCUCUUUGCUUGACAUCAUGGGAAAAUCAAAAGAAAUCAGCCAAGAACUCAGAAAAGAAAUUGUAGACCUCCACAAGUCUGGUUCAUCCUUGGGAGCAAUUUCCAAACGCCUGAAGGUACCACGUUUUUUUAAAUUUAUUUUUUAUUUCACCUUUAUUUAACCAGGUAAACCAGUUGAGAACAAGUUCUCAUUUACAACUGCGACCUGGCCAAGAUAAAGCAAAGCAGUGCGAUAAAAACAACAACACAGAGUUGCAUAUGGGGUAAAACAAAACAAAGUCAAAAAUACAACAGAAAUACAUAUAUAUACAGUGUGUGCAAAUGUAGCAAGUUAUGGAGGUAAGGCAAUAAAUAGGCUAUAGUGCAAAAUAAUUACAAUUAGUAUUAACACUGGAAUGAUAGAUGUGCAAGAGAUGAUGUGCAAAUAGAGAUACUGGGGUACAAAUGAGCAAAAUAAAUAACAAUAUAGGGAUGAGGUAGUUGGGCGGGCUAAUUUCAGAUGGGCUGUGUACAGGUGCAGUGAUCGGUAAGGUGCUCUGACAACUGAUGCUUAAAGUUAGUGAGGGAGAUAAGUGUCUCCAGCUUCAGAGAUUUUUGCAAUUUGUUCCAGUCAUUGGCAGCAGAGAACUGGAAGGAAUUGCGGCCAAAGGAGGUGUUGGCUUUGGGGAUGACCAGUGAGAUAUACCUGCUGGAGCGCAGACUACGGGUGGGUGUUGCUAUGGUGACCAAUGAGCUAAGAUAAGGCGGGGAUUUGCCUAGCAGUGAUUUAUAGAUGGCCUGGAGCCAGUGGGUUUGGCGACGAAUAUGUAGUGAGGACCAGCCAACAAGAGCGUACAGGUCACAGUGGUGGGUAUUAUAUGGGGCUUUGGAGACAAAACGGAUGGCACUGUGAUAGACUACAUCCAAUUUGCUGAGUAGAGUGUUGGAGGCUAUUUUGUAAAUGACAUCGCCGAAGUCAAGGAUCGGUAGGAUAGUCAGUUUUACGAGGGCAUGUUUGGCAGCAUGAGUGAAGGAGGCUUUGUUGCGAAAUAGGAAACCGAUUCUAGAUUUAACUUUGGAUUGGAGAUUCUUAAUGUGAGUCUGGAAGGAGAGUUUACAGUCUAACCAGACACCUAGAUAUUUGUAGUUGUCCACAUACUCUAGGUCAGACCCGUCGAGAGUAGUGAUUCUAGUCGGGUGGGCGGGUGCAAGCAGCGUUCGGUUGAAGAGCAUGCAUUUAGUUUUACUAGUGUUUAAGAGCAGUUGGAGGCUACUGAAGGAGUGUUGUAUGGCAUUGAAGCUCGUUUGGAGGUUUGUUAACACAGUGUCCAAUGAAGGGCCAGAUGUAUACAAAAUGGUGUCGUCUGCGUAGAGGUGGAUCUGAGAGUCACCAGCAGCAAGAGCGACGUCAUUGAUAUCCACAGAGAAAAGAGUCGGCCCAAGAAUUGAACCAUGUGGCACCCCCAUAGAGACUGCCAUAGGUCCAGACAACAGGCCCUCCGAUUUGACACAUUGAACUCUAUCUGAGAAGUAGUUGGUGAACCAGGCGAGGCAGUCAUUUGAGAAACCAAGGCUAUUUAGUCUGCCAAUAAGUUAAUCUAUACAAACAAUAGUACGCAAGUAUAAACACCAUGGGACACCAUGGGACCACGCAGCCAUCAUACCGCUCAGGAAGGAGACGCGUUCUGUCUCCUAGAGAUGAACGUACUUUGGUGCGAAAAGUGCAAAUCAAUCCCAGAACAACAGCAAAGGACCUUGUGAAGAUGCUGGAGAAAACAGGUACAAAGUAUCUAUAUCCACAGUAAAACGAGUCCUAUAUUGACAUAACCUGAAAGGCCGCUCAGCAAGGAAGAAGCCACUGCUCCAAAACCGCCAUAAAAAAAGCCAGACUACGGUUUGCAACUGCACAUGGGGACAAAGAUCGUACUUUUUGGAGAAAUGUCCUCUGGUCUGAUGAAACAAAAAUAGAACUGUUUGGCCAUAAUGACCAUCGUUAUGUUUGGAGGAAAAAGGGGGAUGCUUGCAAGCCGAAGAACACAUUUACAUUUUUUUUACAUUUUAGUCAUUUAGCAGACACUCUUAUCCAGAGCGACUUACAGUUAGUGAGUGCAUACAUUUUUUCAUACCAUCCCAACCGUGAAGCACGGGGGUGGCAGCAUCAAGCUGUGGGGGUGCUUUGCUGCAGGAGGGAGUGGUGCACUUCACAAAAUAGAUGGCAUCAUGAGGAAGGAAAAUGAUGUGGAUAUAUUGAAGCAACAUCUCAAGACAUCAGUCAGGAAGUUAAAGCUUGGUCGCAAAUGGCUCUUCCAAAUGGACAAUGACCCCAAGCAUACUUCCAAAGUUGUGGCAAAAUGGCUUAAGGACAACAAAGUCAAGGUAUUGGAGUGGCCAUCACAAAGCCCUGACCUCAAUCCUAUAGAACAUUUGUGGGCAGAACUGAAAAAGUGUGUGCGAGCAAGGAGGCCUCCAAACCUGACUCAGUUACACCAGCUCUGUCAGGAGGAAUGGGCCAAAAUUCACCCAACUUAUUGUGGGAAGCUUGUGGAAGGCUACCCGAAACGUUUGACCCAAGUUAAACAAUUUAUAAAGGCAAUGCUACCAAAUACUAAUUGAGUGUAUGUAAACUUCUGACCCACUGGGAAUGUGAUGAAAGAAACAAAAGCUGAAAUAAAUCAUUCUCUCUACUAUUAUUCUGACAUUUCACAUUCUUAAAAUAAAGUGGUGAUCCUAACUGACCUAAGACAGGGAAUUUGUACUAGGAUUAAAUGUCAGGAAUUGUGAAAAACUGAGUUUAAAUGUAUUUGGCUAAGGUGUAUGUAAACUUCAGACUUCAACUGUAUGCACGCUUUGGAUAAAAGCGUCUGCUAAAUGGCAUAUAUCAUUAUUAUUAUUAUUAAAUUACAUCCAACACGUUUGUUGACUCACAAGCUUGAUGUUGUCAUUGAGUGCUAGGAAUAUGGAACCAAAUACUACACUUUUGACUAAAUGUAAUGCACUAUCAGUGAAUUUGUCCAAAUACUUAUAACACCGUCAGAUGGGGAGACUAAAUACAUAAAGUGCAUUCAUUUCUAAAAGUGAAACAGAUAUGUAUGAAAAUACCCUCAAAUAAAAGGUGACUUUCUGUACUCCCGCCUCAUAUAAAACAUUUGAUCUCAAAUCCAAAAUGCUGGAGUAUAGAGCCAAAUUAAAAGUUGUAGCUUCACUGUCCAAAUAAAUACAUUUGGGAGUGUAUAUGAAGAUUCGGUCCUAUUAUGCAUAACCACCAGUGAUUUAAUGUAAUGUUUAAUAGUAGGAAACACAUUUCUAAUAACAUGUCUCUGUGUGUCUCUGUGGCAGGUCUAAGUCCUGGAGACUCCGGUGUUGUGUUGAAGUGUCAGGUAUGUGGCCACAUCACAGACUCACCUGCCCAGCUCCAGCAGCACGUUCGCACACACCUGGAGGUAAGGGUCCCGGCCGAGAGGAGCCCCACACCCCGCCAGAGCACCCCCUCCUCAGCCGACCACCCUGAGCACCAUGACAGGGAGCCCCCCGCUUGCGUACCCCACCCUGACUCCUCCAGCCCUGGGGCCAAUGGGAGCUCAGCCACCCCGCGAGGCUGCAGCCCACCUGACCUGCUCCCCACAGACAUCAGGAUCAAAGAGGAGCCGCGUUCGGACUCUGAGAACGAAGGGCAGGAGAAGGAGAUGGAGGAGGAGGAGGAGCGGCAGGAGAAGAGCCGUGGACACAGAGGGACAGGCUCCUCUCAGACCUCCACCUCCCCUAGGAGUCCCUCUACUGUGGCCGUGAAGGCAGAGCCGACCAGCCCCACCCCUGGCUCCAGCCCUGCCCACCUGGGAGGAGCGGGCUCAGUGCUGCCUGGAGGAGCCGUGUUCUUACCCCAGUACAUGUUCAGCCCAGAGGCAGCCAUCCUGCCCCAGGCCUCAGAGAUCCUGGCUAAGAUGUCUGAGAUGGUCCACAGCCGGCUAAAGCAGGGUCAGGUCCCCCCUGGGGCAGCGCCAGCCUUCUACCCCGCUGGCACUACAACUACUGUCCAGAAGAGGGCCACCUGCUUCGAAUGUGACAUCAACUUCAACAACAUCAACAACUUCUAUGUUCACAAGAGGCUGUACUGCUCCAGCAGGCACCAGCAGGGAGACGUGGCUGGCCCGGUGGAGGGGGCGUUGGGGUCCACAGUUCCCUCUGUUGGACACGGUUCAUCCCCACAGGCUGGAUCAGGUAGUCGGGCUGCCUCAGCCUCCCCCAGUGACUCAGACCCUGUUCCAGGCAGCACCACCAUGCAGGGCAAGCUGGUGGAGGUGAAAAGUGAGAACCCUGGGGUGAAGGAGGCUGUGUCCUCCUCUUCCUCUGAGGGGGAGGGUGUUGGAGGAGGAGGCCGGGCCAGCGAGGGCAGCCAGAGUCCCAGUGGCUCAGCAGAGGACCAGGAGGACGACCCCACCAAAACCUUCUGUCAGGCCUGCAACAUUCACUUUAGCCGCCAUGAGAACUACACAGUCCACAAACGCUUCUACUGCGCCUCGCGCCACGACCCAUCCAACCAGCGGUCAAACGCCGGCAAAGCUACCUUCCUGCCUCAGCCCAUCCGCACACGCAAGAGGAAGAAGAUGUAUGAGAUCCACAUGGCUCGGACUGAGGCCCUGGCCAACGCUGCUACUGCCUCUCUCUCUGCCCCUGGCCUGAGCCUGGCUGUGAAGCAGGAGGCUGCUGCCUUGGUGGGGAGGGCCCUGGAGGCCCCGGUCCCAGUCCUAGCCCUGGGCCUGCCUCCAGCCACCUCCCGUAGCACCAGCCCUGACAGAGACGGCCCAAUUGACCUGAGCAAGAGGCCCCGUCUAAGGGAGGCCCCACGGGGCAGCAGCGUCCCUGCUCUGCCCCUCACUGACUACCACAAGUGCACCGCCUGCAGCAUUAGCUUCAACAGCAUUGAGAACUACCUGGCCCACAAGACCUACUACUGCCCAGCCACCACCCUGCAGCCCCACACUCUGGAGACGCUCCACAGGCUGAAGAGACCAGCAUCCAUCUCCCCCAAGAGCAGGGUCCUGGAGCGACCAGACCUCCACCCUGAGGCCAAAGGGCUGCCCACAGAGAAGGCUCCUCGGGGGGCCUCACCCAGCCCUCACCCCUCUGCCUUACCUGGCUCUGGCUCUGAGGCUACGUCACCUCACAGUGGCUCUGCAGCCAAAGGCCCAGGCUCUCCCUCUGUGGUCUGCCCCUACUGCCCUCCCAAUAGGGCGGUGACCUGUGACCUGAUGGAGCACUUCAGAUCCAUGCACGGCCUGGUCCUGAGCCUGGAGGGCCAGCCAGCCGUCAUCAGCUCCAGCCCCAGCCUGAGCCCUAGAGAUGGGACCCCUGCCACCCCGUCCAAGCUGGGCCUCCGAACCUGCAGGGACAGCAUCAACGGCCGGAUCAGAAAGGACACUGUCUCCCCCUCCUCUCCCCUGGUGAAUGGUAGCCCCCUGGGCCACCAUGCCGGGGGUGGCAGCUCCCCCAAGGCAGCAGCUCCAGCUGUGUCUCCCACCAGGUCCCUCCCCCUGACUGUGUCCCCUGUGCCUGAGGUCCUAAGGGAGGUGGGGGUUCUGAACCACCAGGUUGCUGUCACUCUGCUUCCAGACAAGGCAGCCCUCACCCUGGGUCUCCCACUCCCUGUUCCUGCCCCUCCCACACCCAAGACCCUCCUGAUCCCCCCUGUGCAGAACGGUAACACCCGCUUCUGCCGGCUGUGCAAUAUAAAGUUCAGCAGCCUGUCCACGUUCAUAGCCCACAAAAAGUACUACUGUUCCUCCCACAGCGCUGAGCACGUCAAGUGA